GCGCAGUGUUCCACGGUGGACCAGCCUCCUCGCUAACGUCCUUUGCUGCCUGCGAACGUUUUUGGCUACCUCAAGAUGCAGCGGUUUUUCAGAUUUGUCUUGCCCAACGAAAUUCGGUCAUUAACAAAUGACCCAACUAAUAUUUUGAAACCGGUAGCAAUGGGAAUUCAUCCAGUUCGACGUAAUUGCUUAGCUGUGCAAAUGCGACCAACUAAAUGUGUUUCUCGUCAGAUAGACGCACUCAACCACUAUUCAAAACGUACCAUGAAGAUAUAUACUCGCACUGGAGACAAGGGGUUCUCCAACUUGUUCACUGGAGAGAGACGACCCAAAACAGAUCGAGUGUUUCAAGCUUUGGGGACAGUAGACGAGCUGUCCUGCACGAUUGCUGUCGCUCUGGCUCAUAUCCACCAGCACACGGCAAAUGCCGAUCCGAAUAUCAAGAUUUCUACUUUGUGUGACGAAUUGGAACGCAUCCAGUGUCGCCUCCAGGCUGUGGGAUCUUCGAUAGCUACACCGCUACCCGAACCGGAAAAUGAAUUACCGACACCACAUCCGAGAAGGACUCAACGGUACGCACAUAUUGAUUUUCCUGACCAGGCGGUUUCCGGGGAAUUGGAACCCUGGAUUGACCGAAUGACAACUGAACUACCACCACUACGACAGUUUAUACUUCCAUCCGGUGGGCUGCCUGGCUCUACCCUUCAUUUGGCUCGGGCUGUCUGCCGAAGAGCCGAACGUCGUGUUGUGCUUCUGAACACAAGUGUGCCUCAUCCAGUCGUGGAACCAGAGGUCAUACGCUACUUGAAUCGGUUGAGUGACUACCUGUUCACCGCGGCUCGUUAUGGUGGCGGAGGUGGCGGACAUAUUCGCGAUGCUGGUGGUUCAUUCGGGAAACGUGAGGCCAAACACGAAGAGGAGUACUUCCAUCGCAAAGUAAGU